AUGCAGCCGCCACGAUCAAGAUUUCUUUUCCCAAGCAACGCCGACGUAGUAUCGCGGAGAUCAGUACCCCUUACGAGCGUCGUGUACGGCUUCUGGACAGAAUGGGUUAAAGUGUCGGAAAAAGUCGACUGGUGGAGAUGGGGCUGCUUUAGGGUUUGUCAUUUGAAGAACUGUGCUGAGUCUUUCAAUCAAGAGGCCUUUCAGUCGAUGGCGCCAUUUUCCUUUCCUGAUACGCCGCUUCUUCAAGACUUUCCAGGUUAUCAGUCAUAUAUAGGAACCUUGUCCGUCAGCACUGCUGUCGCAUUCGGUCUGGUAAUAUGGGAUCACGUAUUGCUUCUACCCGAAGAAAAGAGUAUCUUUGAAUCGCGCAAACGCAAGCAGCUAUUCUCGCCUGCUACAUGCGCUUUUAUGGUGCUUCGCUAUGCCGCCAUCUUAUCGACACUCUCAGGAGUGCUAUAUUCUUCCGUGAAGAUAGAUCACUGUCAAUUCGCAAUAUCGUUUGGGAAUGGUGCAGCAGUCGUUGUCGUGGCUGCAUCCGCAGUUAUUUUGUGCUGUCGAGUCGGAGCUCUAUGGGAAUUCGAGAGAACUCCGCUCACCUUUAUGUUUCUUCCUUGCAUCAUUAUGGUUUGUGCUUGGGCGGGCGUUGCAACUCAAUUCAGAGCGGUGCAGGGUUUCAACCCUCCUUUCGGUUCGGGCUGCCAAUUCUUGUCACUACCUCGCUGGGUUCCUGUCAGCUAUGCGUCUUCAGCUACUUUUCAUUGCAUCGUAUUCGGACUGGCAUUUUCACGCAUCAUGACUCAGUUUACAGUUAUCUCCACCAACACCGGUUUCACCCUCAUCAAUCGCGCCUGCAUCCUCUACCUCUGCUUCCCGGCCGUCGGCAGUCUGAUUCUACUUGUCAUCGACUCUAUCGAAAGGGACGUUGUCAGACGAGCGGCCGCACCCUACCUCGUCUUAAUUAUGACAGCCUCAGGAUCUCGCAUCUUUCUCAAUCUCCAGUUGCACAACCAAAUCAUCAAGACUGUCGCUGAUGCCAACCAUUUUACAAGACAUAGCUGGGCCCCCAGCCUGAAUGCCGGCCAGGUUAAAGGCGACCGCUCGCAGAUACCCCCGUACAGACGGGAACCGACAUUCGAACCAUCAAUAACCACGAUAUCAGUAGCACCAACGGACGCGCGCUCCACGAAGACUACCACUACAUUAACGACGCUGCCGAACUCCCUUGCGACGGCCCCCUCUAGCUUCGCUUCGACAUCAUACAUGAGUGCAGCGCCUAACACACCAACGUUCUCGUCAUUCGCCCCUUCGUCCCAAUGCGAGAGGGCGCCCAGCAUCCCUGAAACGCCCAAGAGGGCAAGGAUUACGAGCUUCAAGUCCCUCGCAUCGUCGUCCCCAAAAAUGGAGGGACCGUUGAAGUCUACAUGGCACGGGAUCUAA